AUGCCAGAGGUCAAAGUCGGGUUUCCAGUUGCCGAGGAGUUUUCGGUGGCGCGCAUCACGGACCACGUAUGGCUUCUCCGCAGAUUCCGCGCCCUGUUCAACCACGUCGAAUCGCCGGGGCGCCACGAUUCCAACUAUUAUCCCGAGCCGCCCCCAGGCAAUGAGGUGUCGUCUCGGAACGCCGCGGGCCAGUGGAGGGUCCAGGCGUUCUUGAUGAACGCCGAGGUGCGGUAUUCGUUCUACCUCCGCCUGUUGCGGGAGUGGGUCGUCAAGGACGACGCCGACAAGCCGGACACCCACGACGACAGCUCCGACGGCGACAACCGGGAGGAUGACGGCUGGGCUGCCAGCUGGCCGCUGCCCCCCUGGGACGUGGCCCUCGUGUUCUACAUCCACAUGCUCUCCCCGGAGCGGUUCCGGAAGGACAUGGCGGCCGAGUACCCCCCUCUCUGGCACGCCCGCCUCUCUUUCCCGCUCGCCAGGCUCAGGCAGCACCCACGCGGCCACGAGGCCUCGCAGCGCAAGUGGGAGACCAUGUUCCCCGACAUCCCAUACCGGCUCUUCGAGUUCGAGCCCGACGGCGAGACCCCGCGCCUUUCGACCAGCAUCGGGCGCCCCCUCGACGUCCGCGGCUACAAGUGCGGCUCCGACGACUGCACCGCCAACACGCGGAGGAACAGGUGUCGGAUCAUCAUCCCCAUGGCCGAGUGGUCCGCCUACCGGCUGGGCAAGCGACGCUCCCCAACGUGCCCCUCGUGCAGGAUGGCCUUCUCGUCGCAGCGGGCGGGGUACAACUCGGCCUUUGCGCGCUUCUGCGAGGCCGUCUUUGGCCAGCACGUCUUGGGGCUCUGGGAUGCUCCGCUCCGCCAGAUGGCGUUUGUAGAUCGGAUCCUGGCCGAAACCACGACGGCGACGGCGACAACGACCAACACGGCCGCCGGCGGCAGCUCCACCACCAUCACGUUCUCCCCGGCCCAGGUGCCCGCCUGGCAGGCCCGCUACCUCAAGUUCCUCGGCCUCAUCAAGGCCCACCGGUCCACCACCUUCGUCCCGACCCUCGACAUCGACCUCGUCUGGCACACGCACCAGCUCGCCCCGGCCGCCUACGACGCCUACUGCCGCGCCCACGUCGGCCACCCGGUCAACCACGACGACACCAUCCCCGCCGCCGGCCGCUCCACCGCCCUCGACGACACCAAGCGCCUGUGGACCCUAGCGUACCGCGAGCUCUACCUCGAUCCGGACUCGGGCGACGGCGACGGCGGCGGCGGCGGCGGCGGUGGCCCGGGGGCGCAGGCGGAGGAGGAGAAGAAGAAAGAGGAGAGCGGAGCGGCGGCAACUCGAAACGGGGAGGGGAAGAAGGGCGGGGAAUGGACGACAACACAGCGGAUGGCGAACGUGCGCGCGUUGCUGCUGCUGGAGAGGGUGGCGGAGUUGGAGACUUGCCUCGCCGACAGAGAGCGGCGGUUGGCCGCGUUCGACGGCGCGGGGACGAUCGAGACGCGGCGCGCCGACGCGGAGCGGAACCGGCGGCGGCGGCUGGUCGAGCACAACCGGUGGACUCGGCUGCGGGACGAGCACAGCACGCUGGCCGGCGCGCUGCGGGGGGCGAAGAAGGCGCGGGACGGCGUCCGGCCGCUGCUCCGGGUCGGACGGUGGUGGCGGUGGUACCCGCGCUCGCGGCGCGAGGAGCUGGCGAGGCGGGAAGCCGCCGUGCGCGAGGUCGAGGCCCGGGCGCGGGCUAAGCUCGACGAGGUCGAGCGGCAGCGAGAGGUCGCCGACGAGGCGGCGGAGCAGUCCCGGCUGGCUGACGAGCGCCUGCGCCGGGCGGAGGCCGACCGCGUCCGGCUCGAGGUCGAGCUCGACGGGCGCGUGAUCGCGGCCGAGAAGAAACUCGUGCGCGACUGCAUCCGCCGCGCCGACCAGCUGAGGGGCGACCCCCUCGGCGAGGGGAUGCUGAGCGUCGUGCCCUCCGAGGCCCAGAUCAGGCCCGCCCCGCUGGUCGGGAACUGGGACCGCGAGACGACGACCGAGCGGGCGUGGCCGGUGAGGUGUUGGGGAACCCGGCCCGGGGCCGGGACCGCUGCUUCAACGUACCACUCCACCUGGAGGCCGGACCGCGAAGGGGGAGGCUCCUUCGGCGGGUUGGCCUUUGGAUCCGACGUUUACGGCAGUUAUGAAGGGUGCGGCGGUGACGGAUGGGGCGGGUCCGGCGGUGGUGGUGAUGGUGGUGGUGGUGGGGGUUCUAGCGGUGGUGGAUGCGGCGGUGGCGGCGGUGGCGCUUCUGAGCCGCUCAAAUUCCCGAGUUGUUUUGGCCUUCUACUCAUGUUCUUCAGCCUCCGACACCACACCCCUGAGAAGAAUAUUCAGGGUGACCUGAAAGGGCGGUUCAUAACGUCACAUCCCGGAGCGUUCGGUAAUUAG